AUGUGCUUCGGAUGUGUUCCCUACCGCGCCCUGGUGGUCGAGGACGAUCCCAAGCCAGAGGCGAAGAAGCCCAAUAGGCAGUGGUACAUGGUACGGCCUGGAGAUGGAUUCUACCCUGUCAAUCCUAAGUCUCAACUCACGUCUUUCUCUGUUUUCUUCUCUCCCUCUUCACCUCUCUCCUUCGCUACUCCUUCACUUCUGCUAUCCACAGCCAACAACAGCCGUCUUGUUCCCUCUGAUACUGCGAGGCUAUCUCAAGUCCUUGUCUAUCACCUACAAAGCGAGUCAGGGAUCAUUUCAUAUCCAUAUCCCUUUGCUGGCGCCAUGGGCCAGUUCUUUCAAUAUGGCUCUGUAGAUCCGAGCCGAUCGAGAUAUUCAACUUGUCCGCAGGUUCAACCUGGAAAUGAGCCCACUGUCUACACAUAUGUGCCUCCUCAGCUGCAGCAAAAUAUCCAGGUUGGCACAAGCAAUCCCACUGGGCCUCCUCCGCCACCACCACCACCACCAGCAGCAGCUUCGGCCACUGUCCUGCCAAACGGUUGUCUUAAUGGAGGCCCCCCCGGAACAGCCCAUUCUGUCUCCCAAACCAUUCAAUUCGGACCGGUUGGAUUGACCCAGCAUAUUUCAAAUGCCCAUAUUGUGCCAUACAUCUCCCCAGCACCUCUUCGCCCGGCCUACCAGGUUCCAGCAGGUACAGUUCCCUGGAUUGGCCCGACUCGCGCCGAAGUUGACGCGCAGAACAUUGCAGUUGCCAGAGCCACUGGCGCGAUGAGGCCCCAGAGCAUGGUGCCUUACCGCCCAGCUGAGGGUCAACAGUGGUGGUGCCGCGAAGUUGAUGGCUCCUACACCCUUCGAACCACGAAUGACAUUAUGGAGAACUUGCAACCAGGAUAUUGGGCAUACUCAUCUUCCGGUUAUCCUUAUUUCAUUCGCCAGGCUUCCUGA